CGGGACUGCGACUGGAAGUGCCGCGUCAAGAUCUCCGAAAGGGGCCGGUGCACUUGCUGGGAAUCCGGCCAUGUUCUGAGGGAGGCCUCCAGGACUCAGCUUGGAUUCGGGUAUCACAGGUGUGCCUGAAGAACUUGCUCGCCUCACAGCCCCUGUGAAGCUCUUGAAUCAUGGCAAGUCCAAGAACAAGGAAAGUUCUCAAGGAGGUCAGAGCACAAGAUGAGAACAAUGUCUGUUUUGAAUGUGGUGCAUUUAAUCCCCAGUGGGUGAGUGUGACCUAUGGAAUUUGGAUAUGUCUUGAGUGCUCAGGAAAACACCGAGGCUUGGGAGUUCAUCUCAGUUUUGUACGUUCUGUAACCAUGGACAAAUGGAAGGAUCUUGAGCUGGAGAAAAUGAAGGCUGGAGGUAAUAGCAAAUUUAGAGAGUUCUUGGAGUCUCAAGAUGACUAUGAUCCCUGCUGGUCAAUGCAAGAGAAGUACAACAGCAAAGCUGCAGCUCUUUUUAGAGAUCAGGUAGCUACAGUAGCUGAAGGAAAGGAGUGGUCCAUUGAAACGUCUCCUGCCAGGAACUGGACUCCACCUCAGCCCAAAACAUCUUUCUCCUCAGCUCAUCGUUCUACUGGAAAAUCUCAGACUGCAACUGCCUCUUCUGACAAGGCUUUUGAAGACUGGUUAAAUGAUGAUGUCAGCUCCUACCAAGGUGGCCAAGAGAAUCGCUAUGUGGGAUUUGGAAACACAGUAAACCCUCCAAAAAAAGAGGAUGACUUCCUGAAUAAUGCCAUGUCUUCAUUGUACUCGGGAUGGAGCAGUUUUACAACUGGAGCAAGUAAAAUUGCCUCAGCUGCAAAAGAGGGUGCUAGCAGAUUUGGAUCUCAAGCAAGUCAAAAGGCAUCAGAGUUAGGUCAGACAUUAAAUGAAAAUGUUCUCAAACCUGCACAGGAAAAGGUGAAAGAGGGGAAAAUAUUUGAGGAGGUCACUGUGGGGGUAUCCCAGCUGGCCAGCAAGGUUCAGGGAGUUGGAAGUAAGGGAUGGCGAGAUGUCACCACUUUUUUUUCUUGCAAACCAGAUGAUAAUUCUGAAAGAUCAGCUGAGGGAGACAGCUACCAGAACAGUGGAGGGGAGGGCUACCAGAACAAUACUGUAGAUCAAAGCUUCUGGGAGACCUUUGGCAACUCUGAUGCACCAAAAGCUCAUAAAUCUCCAAGCAGUGAGAGCUGGACCUAUGUGGACAAUUCCACAGAGAAGAAGAACUCCGAUAGCUGGGACGUGUGGGGCUCAGGAACAGUCUCCAACAAGAACAGUAACAGUGACCGCUGGGAGGAUUGGUAGACCAACUGGGAGAACACAGGAGGGGAGAGCAAGACCAAAAAACCUCCUAAGGCAACAAAAAAGGCGUUUUCAGCUGAUACUGGGUGGGAUAGCCAGAACUGGUAGAACUCUGCUAAACCUGUUUUGCACAGCUAGCAAAGGGAGGCUACGCUGGAUGAUGGAAGAAAGUUUUACAUACAACUGGAGUAUUGUGGUUGACCUUAUUGAUCUGUUGCUUUUGUGCUUCCCAUUCAUUCUCCUUUCUUCUGUCCUGGUUUAGGAAAAAGAAAAAUGUAGCAUCUGAAUUUUUCCUUACAUAAAGGUGGCUCUCCCUUUUUUAAAAGCUAGAGAUAAGUAUGUUCUCCUUGCACUAUUGAAGCUGGGUUCAGUGACUUUUCUUAACACAGAUGUUCAAAGGAAAAAUACCAGUGCAAACACAUUUGGAUGGCACAACCUUGCAUGUGUAGGCUCCUAAAUAUUCAUGCAGAAUACCCUUGUAGAAUUUCAGGUGACCUGAGGUGUUUAAUGCAAACAAAGGACAGGGGUGUCCUUUAUGCAGCCAUUCAAUAAGCAGACUGCAGCUGAAUAGAUGUAGUUCCAAUGUCUUAUGGAUUGCUCUGGCCAUAUUAAGUCUGGCAGUUCAAGAUGGACUUUAAGAUACUUUUUUAUUUGAGCUUUGGUUUUAAAC